AUGAGGAUUAUAUGCGGCGUCGAGAGAGACCGACGAGGUUGCGUGGCAAUACUUCGGUGUGAUGCAAUCAUCCAACGUCUGGUCAACGUCCACACAGCCCAGCCGUACUCAAUCUCUUGGUUCCUGAAUCGACUGUCGAUAUUCCGAUGGCCCGUUUCAGAUCGCGUUUAGGAGCGGAAGAUGUAUUAUAACGAGGUUAGAAAUGCUUCGUAUCGAACUUGGCGCCGUUUCUCGCUCUCAUGUGGUAUUGAGUACCAUUGCCGGUCCGACGGACAACUCCUAGGCGGAAUCCUCAAUGGGUUCUCAGAACGGCUGGGAUCUUGGAAGAAUAUUUCAGAAACCAUGGUUUCCCGGUUUGCUGACCGUCGAGGAUCGCAAAGGCAUCUCGUGCUCUCAUCUCAGAAAGAGGAAGGUAGUCAAAUCGCAUCCUUCCAUGCAGCGUCUAGAAGAGCCCAAUGUACCACAGAGCAUAGCAUCGCGAUGAGUGUCUUAUCGCGAGAGCAGUACUUCGUCCCAACUGUUUUUCGCAUCCAAUAUUUGUAUCCACCUGCCCGUUUACAGGCCUGGUUUUUUCAUGGUAAGCCUCAUGAUCCCCGUUUGUUGCCCUGCAACCGUCCAUUCCAAGCGUUCAGUCAAUCCUUCAUCCUCACCUGCAUCAUCCUCGGUCUAUCCAUAAACCAGUCUCUGUCUCAGUGUUUGGAACUAUUGAGAAUGUGCUUGACUUAGCCGCAUAUCGCCGGUCCGAGGAGCUCUCUCGAUCAUUCCACGUCGAAUCCUUCAGCUGCUGUCAGCAUAGGAAUGAAUUGCCUCACCGAAAGACGCUAUGGGACCUACAUCUGACGAUAGGGGGGAGACGCAAUGGCACGGUCUGCAGCUGCUCUGCAUCACGUCUCGAGGUCCGGGACAACUACAUCCCCAACGCUUUCCUAAGAUGGCAGAGUUUCUUUGUCCACAAUGGGUG